AGGAUCGAGCGUCGUGGGCCGCGCGCCGCUGUCGGCAUCCACGCACGACUCGCUCCGCCGAGACCGAGUCUUUUUCUGUGUUCCAGAGUUUCUGUCGAUUGGUGUCCUGAGUUGUUAUGCGAUGUCCGGAAGCCGGCGCCCACUGGCGUGCUGGAGCAACCUAAGGCUGUGAUGCGGAGCGGACGCCAUGCGGACGACCGUACUGUCUCCCUACUCGGCGCUGCGAGGCCGCGUCUGCAGUAGGCUGCACGCCAGGAGUGCCGCCAUCGCCAGCGCAGUCUACACGCUGAACAUCUCAAUCCUGGUGGUGCUGCUCUAUAGCUGGAGGAUCGGAGCGAACGCCAACCGACACGCCGCUCUUCAGGACGUCUACUACGGCGUGCAGAUCGCCUACCUGACCAUAAUAGGCACGCAGCUCUUCAUGAUCGCUCUCAGCAUACUGCUCCUCGCCGCCAUCUUCAAGGAGAACGCUGGCCUGGUGGUGCCGUGGAUCACCGGCUUCAUCACCUUCAUGGCGCUCGAGGCCAUGGCCAUGGUCUACUCGAACGUCCUCAGGGACCACGUGAACAAGCAGUUUGACGCCCUGUGUAAAAUGGAAGUCGCCUUUUUCACUUCGAGAGCCGCGCUAAACUGCCUGGCGAUCUACGGCGUCAUCCGCUUCUACAACCUGCUGCGCGCCGGCGCCUCGUGGAAGUCACCAGAGUGCGUGGAGCUCUGAUACCAAGCGCCGCCCUGGGAGGACGAUGACCGGCUGUUGGGCGACUCCGUCUGACCAGCGGCGGCGGUCCCAGGGGCGAACUCCGGACACUCGCUGCAGCGCUGCGCUCUGGCGAGGCGCCAACCGGCUACCGGCGGUCCGCACCACACCGCUCUCUCACGGGAGUGCUUAAUUCUGCGAGGCGCCCUGGAAGGACUCCAGAUUGUUGCCGAAUGAGUUCGGCACCCCAGGCGUCCUCGGGGAGACCUCAUCUGGGCCUUCUACGCCGAGCAGCAUACUGCGUGUGGUGCUGGCUGGGUCCAUCACGUCGGUAGUGUCCAUCUGCGGCAGUAGGUGUGUGGCCCUCGGUGAACUGUGAGCUUCGUCACUCCUGCUGGCGAGGAGUAAUUUGUAUAUGAUACUGGCAGGGUCCACAGAGGUCUCCGACAAAAUUUCUGAAUAUUUCCCACAUACCCUCAGAAACAGAGCUAGGCAGGUGGCCUGAUGUAUGUAGUGGCUGAUGCGGGCACAGCCACUCCUUAUAGACAAAUGUCACUCCUCACUGUACAUACGUGGAAUCCUGUGAGAAACUGUACUUUCUUUUUUUUUUUUUUUAACUGGACUUUUCCUGUAAGGUGUGAGAUAAAGUGCGCUGUAUUCAGCGUGUAAUAUUGUUGUUCACGUAACAAGCAGCACAUAUGAUUGGCAGCGGGACUCUCAUUCGUCAGGAGUCCGUCGUUUCACCUUCAUCUUUCAUUCUUUGUAGCCUGUUGUGAUUAACUGUGCUUCCCACCGCACUAUACCAUAUCACAAAACUUAACAUAAAAUGUAAAUUUGUUACAUAGUAGUGCUCUGUCCGAAGUCGUUGGCUACAGAAUGCUUAUUCAUAUUCUCAAGCGUGUUGUCGUAAAAGCCCUUCUCACUAGAGUUGGCGUUGUAGAACAUCGAUUACUAUACUCUGUUUCUUUUUUGUACCCAUGGUGUCUAGCUAGGAAAUAUGUGCCAAAUUAAGUCCCAUCUCAUUUUCAAUAUUUGUCUGAUAUUCUUCUUUGUACUGCGAAUUUUUGCCUUUAUCUUCUGAGAUAAUGUUAUUAUUUUAACUACCUCUACCGCCAUAUAUCAGCAGGGACGUUGUAACGUAAAUAAUGGAGUUAUUCCUUUCGAUACUUAGCUCGACUUUAUCAAUACCAUCACGUUGGACAGGUUGAUACGCACUAUUUUAGGUCAAACGCGUAAUGACUAUUGACUACCAAAAAGAACCAAUAGGUCCUCUUUAUAAAAAUAUGUCCCGACAACGAUGACAGUUUGUUUUCUCAGCUUCCUUCUGAAACAGACGAGUAGCUACACCUCUACCUCUAUCUCACACCUAUAUUCAUCAUCUAAAAUACAGAGGCUGCAUUAAAAAGAACUUGAACAAACAUUGUUUGCGAAUUCGUCCCACUAAAACAGGGAGGUCGCUUCCUGUAAACGUGUAUCCGAAAAGGUCAGUUUUCUUAGCUUUUAAAACAGCACGUGUGUUUUCAAUUAAUUAUUUUUAUUCCUUUCGUAGUUUGUUCAACAGACAUACAUACCCUUACUUAUAGACUGCAUCAGAAAUAACCCAAAGAAAAAUACGGAAAUAAAACAGGUAGUAAUUACAGUGAUGUUGAGCAUACCAAUUACGUAUUACUCUAUUUACUGUGUUUGGUAACGGGCAAGGAAUGGUAAAGGAUUCGAUUGUAGACUCUCAGUGGGACAAAUUUCCCCAUUCGUCUGAUAUGAUUCGGAAAGAUUGUGGUGAACCCAAAUCAGGACAGCUGGAUCAAGUAAUGCCUACAUCAUCUCUACAGGAAUAGUGGGCCCCAUCAUUUUCCCUAGAGAUUAGUGAGUCAGUGAUCAUAAUACAUUCGAAGUGACCUAAAAUAACCGUAUCUUGAACAUAGUUCUAUUUUUAGUUUUAGUUCAAUUAAUUGCAAUCACCAUAAACUAUAUAAUGACACAUAUGGAGGAUAGAAAAAAAUGUCAGCAGAAAAGAAUGAAAUUUGGGAUUAAAAACCUAUUAUUUAUGGGUGAUAUCAUUCAGAAAUUCUACAAAUGUGUUGAAAAUAUAUGUUUCAGUUUGCUGCCCACGCUUCUCAAAGCUACUUCAGAAUGUUCACACACAGUUGUGCUUAAAAUAUUAUCUCGUCCUCUCGUGUUCACAGUAAACAACAGCACAUUAUUUGGUUUCAAUUGUUACCUCAGUGGAAUUCUGCACAAUAUCACGAAAACACAAAAUCUCAUAUAAAAAGAUGGAAAUGACUUCUUCUUUAAGUUCUAUGGAUACUCGAAGGAAUUCAUUAUUACAAUCUUUCAAAGAAACCUCCCAUCGAAAUGGUAUCGAUUCCUUACAUGGGCUGCCAUAGCACUUUGAUAAGAAAUACGAACUGUCUGCCAUGUAAAUCAGUUCUUUCAAGUGUUCUCGCACAUAAAGUGCAGAACACCGAGAGCAGGUAAACAUGUAAGCUAAGGAAAUGUUUCUCCCUAACCAAUCAAUCUGUUUUGCUUCAUAUUUAUCACUAUAUCUCAAACGAUGUGACAAAAUUGUUUUGGAUUCGGAUCAUCCGUAAGACAGAUAAGUUUUAUUGUUUCUCUGAUCACAUCCUCCUACUAAAGUUCAUUCCAGUGGUCCCAGCUUAAGGGUCGCAACAUGAGUGUCAUACUGGAGACCAUCUAAGUACAACUGCACAGACAUAACUAAAGUGAACAGUCGACCAUGCCAUCAACCAUUAUUUAGAAUACAACAAGAUCUUAUUGAGCUGAUUUUUGUCAGUAACAAUACAUAAGAAGUUAUAUCAGUAAUAAGAAGAAUGAAGCAUUUACACGUUCUUGCUUGAGUUUUUCCCAGUGUUUUGAAGUCAGUAAUCGAACCCUACGCUUUGUCCAAGUAUUUUUCUCUUUUCCAUGUAGUCAUUAUUCUAGAGGUUUCUUGAUAUACCUCUUUCGAAUCUAAUUUCAUUUGUAGUGAUGAACUACAAAUCUAUUUAGCAUUAACUGCUUCUUGUGAAACCAACAUAAACGCUCCACAGCAGUCAACAAUUAACAAAAUUAAUUCAAUGAUACAUAAUUAACUCUGGCAAGGAGCUGAUGCAUAGAAUAUCUUUAUAUUUGUUAUUGGAAUUAUUAUUUUUUGCUCACAGAUAAUUUAUAACGGGCCAGUUAACUUCAAAUCAUCUCUUUAUUAUAAUGAUUCACAGAGACCUAACAUAUUUUUGAUAUUUAUUUCAAAUUUUUUGAUUAAGUCAUUGAUUGCAACAAGAGUCUCGCUGCCACUGUGUCUGUGGCUGCUGCUGUGUCUAGGUAUCAUCAACUUAAUGUGUGUUAUGAUUGUAUCUAGUGUUUACGACUACGACACAUGCAUACUUACAGGUCGGAGAAGACAAUGCCACAAUAUGAAAUUUAUCAAUCCAUUCUAUCUCUUAACGAGAAGUCAUUUUUACAAAGUCUUCCCAAGAGAAGGAAAACAAUACAGAAUAAAUAGAAUGACGAUAAUUUCUAAUGUGUAAGAAGUUAGAGAGCAACUGCCUAUAUAUUUUCUACCACAUAUCUUUUGUUAAAAAAGGAAUAUAAUGUUACUUUUACAACACGUUUUAUUUAAGAGGUGCCGUUACUAGUUUUCCCCAGCCGCCUAGGUGUCAUCUCUGGCUGCAGAAAUUAAGUGCUUCCGUUAUUUCUAGUUUACACGAACCACGGAAUUGAAGACCAGUUAUAUUUCAGAAAAGGUUUUAAAUGAUUUGAUGUAAAUAGCAUGCAAGUGAUGAUUGUUAAUACGAUAAUAAACAUAUAUUAUAUAGUAAAUUCCAGGUAUGUGUUGCCUUGAAAGCAUAUUUUCGUCGUAGAUAACCACAUGUGUACAAAUAAUAAGAAUCUAUAAAUAUAUUUCGUACAUUAUUUUUAAAACAUUCAAAUGUAUGCCAAGACUGGACAUUGUAUAAUAUGUACCAAAGCUUAAUGUCUGUAGAACUACUUACAUACAGGUUAGAUAGAUUGUUCCCAAAUACAAUGAAUCUUAGAGUCACAGUGUGCUGAUAUUUUAGUUAAAUACAACUAAGAAGAAAUGUAAAAUUUCUUGUGCCAUGGAAAAAUGUUACCACAUUUAAUCAAAAAUGCCUUUUCUUGUGGGUGAAAUGCUGUUUAUAUCUACAUUAAAAAAGUUUUCAAAAUAAUCUUAGAAUCCCAUACUGGAGAAUAGGAUAUUUUAUCUCUGUGACCAGAGAUUCUAAAUAUUUGGGACCUAACAUAUCUAGCGAGAGAUGUAAUUCGUGAGAUAUUGUUGUUUACAUUUAUAUGUCUGUGUUAGUGCCUGUACUUGCUUAGACAUGAAAGGGUUAAAGAUUCGCAGUGUAUUUUACACAGAGUUAAAAGUCGCAAGGUGAAUAUUGUAAUAAAAGUUAU